AUGGUGAACCUUCUUAAUUUCGCCAUUGAGCUUAUUUCCGUAAUGUUUGUGGGUCAUGUCAGCGAGUUGAUGGGAAUGGCAAGUGGCUUGGAUACCUUUUAUGGCCAAUUGUAUGGAGCAGGACAGCAUGGUCAUGUCAGCGAGUUGGCUCUCUCCGGCGUUUCCAUGGCCACCUCCUUUUCUUCUGUCACUGGCAUUGUUUUCUCCAAAAUGUUCACAAACUUGGACGGGUUUUCAGUGGAGGCAUUCCAUGACAUUUCUUCUUUUUUGAAACUUGCUAUUUCUUCUGCUGUUAUGAUUUGCUUGGAACUGUGGUCGUUUGAAUUGAUGGUUCUCCUAUCUGGUCGUCUUCCAAAUCCAAAGUUGCAAACAUCAGUGCUUUCUAUUUGUGUGAAUACAGCAUUAACUAUUUGGAUGAUCCCGUUUGGAUUAAGUGGAGCUAUAAGUACUCGUGUAUCUAACAAACUUGGAGCUGGUAAUUCUUGGUCUGCACGUUUAGCAGUGCGUGUAGUGGUAGUAGCGGCCAUUAUUGAGGGUAUCCUGGAUCAAAACGAAUUCAGUUUCAUCCGACCCAUGUGUAUCGUAGGAGAACUUUAA